AUGUUAGCGUCACCCUCAAGACGUCAGCACCUGCCACAACAGCAUCAUACCUCGACAUCGACCAUUCCAACACCACACUCUCAACAACACUUUUCCUAUCAACCCUCUCCACAACAAUUCGCCGUACCGCAUUAUUACGACCAAAAGCUGUUGCACGACUAUCUAGACUCGCAACAGCAGUCUUGUGGUGCACCGACCGUCAGCAUUGCGCCCAACCCGUUUAUGACGACUUCAUAUUCCAACUUCCCGAACCCGGCAAUCCGCAUCCAACACUCGACACCCACACCGCAGACCCCAUCGAACGGCUUCACGCAGACACCCAUGCUGUCGAUGAACGUCGCUGGCUCUGGUCUUGAGUCUUGGAAUUCUUACAAUAACAUGCAGAGCCAGUCACUGCAGACUCCAACACAACACCACACCAAGGGACACAACCGCGCGUCUUCGUCCUCGUCGAUCGGGUCCAACGCCUCGCAGUACCAGGUCGCUGGUCCCGCUGCUAGCUAUCAAACCUUCUCGAACCAUCUACCGACACCUACACAGACCCCGACCCAAGACUCGUUUGCAACACAGAACGGAUUCGGCAACUACACACCAAAUACGGACAACAUGGAUCAGACUAUGGCAGCGCACAUGUCAAUGAAGCAGGCGCUCAUGGAUCAAGGCGAUGAUGUGCCGGAAUUCGCACACUCGGCAAGACAGUCGGUGUCAAGUUUUGGACAAGACUCACCAGCGACGCCCCAAACGACACUAGGUGACGACAUGGACUUCAAACAGCCUGUAAAUGGUAAGACGAUCCAACAGAUCGACUCUUUGCCGUUUAAUCAGUGUUGUACUGACGAAUCCGACACAGAAACCAGACAGGUCAUCGUACCAAAGUUCGAGAGGACUUACACAGACAUCGCUGCCGACAACUUUUACGAUCCCAACGCUGUUGCUGCACAACCAGAGACACUAUCUAAGCCAUCAAGAUCGUCGUUAUUGUCGCCAUACCGUAGCAACACAAAUGAGAAUGUUCAGCGUGCGCUGCAGGCAGCACAGUACGCUCGAUCGCACUCACCAGGCAGUCAAGCGUCGCGAGGUGACUCUCCAUUCCGACGAGGCUCGCCAUACCGCCAGGCCAACUCCAACUUUAAUUCCCCAAUCGUCGGUACUGCCGCAGCAACACGUGAGCAAAGCCGUCAGGCUGACGCCGCUUACGCAAUGAAGUCUCAAAUGCGAUCCAAUGGAGAUUCUCAACCAGAGACUAUCUCGCCCAAAGAUGCCCUGCUAGAUUACAGGGAGGCCGACGAAGACUCAAAGGUACCGUUGUUUUCGGAUAGUGGCGCCACCGAGUACGACGGCCAAUACAAUGGUGGCGACCAAUAUAGGAACGCCACCCAAUCCAGUUUCGACACACCAUCCGCACAGUCUUUCCGACGAGACAGUUGGGCAACACCUCAAUUUUCACCGAACUUUCCAUCAUCGUCUGCCCAGUCGAUACCUGCGUCUUCCGGUUUCUCAUUCGUCGCUCCAUCGGUACAAAGCACCGUUCCAAGUUUACCAAUGGCCUCAACGUCACAAUAUCGCGUCGCACCUAACAACAUGCCCGCAACAGUCGAUCAGACACCAGAGUUCCCAGCGCACUUAACUUCUAUGGAAUCCAGCGCGAGUGAAGCUGAGCCACCUACUGGAAGCCAGUCAAGUAUCAACGAGCGCUUUCUGCACAAGCCAGCAUCGUCAGGCGCAGACACAGGCACAUACUCGUGCACAUACCAUGGAUGCUCACAGCGCUUCGAAACACCGCAAAAGUUGCAGAAGCACAAGCGUGAGGGUCACCGAAACGCAAAUCUCGGUCCCAGCAUGACAUCAGCGGCUAUUUUAGAGCGCAACACGCAAGCGGGACCUCACAAGUGUGAGCGGACCAACCCCACAACGGGCAAGCCCUGCAACACUAUUUUCUCCCGUCCAUACGACCUUACUCGUCACGAAGAUACCAUUCACAACGCUCGCAAACAGAAGGUUCGGUGCGCACUGUGUGUCGAAGAGAAGACUUUCUCACGUAACGAUGCGCUGACACGUCACAUGCGUGUCGUUCAUCCAGAAAUUGAUUUUCCCGGAAAGCACCGCAGACGUGGAGGGAACCAUGAUUGA